AUGGGGAAGAAAGAGGAAUUGUCGAAGAUGAUUGAAACCCUAGGCACCACGUCAAUGACAAAGGCAAGGUUUGCGGCUGCUAUGGCAAGGCUUGGAGAAGCCCUAGGCGAUGCCAUGGCAAAGCCAACCAAGUGCGAAACUUGUGAUUCCAUCAGAAGUGGAGGCGACGACGACCAACGCGAGGGAGACAGGGGCGACAUCUUUAAAAGGCUGACGCCUGUUACACCGAAGGCGACGCUUGUUGUGUUGAAGGCGGCAGUGGAGUGGGCUAGAGCAUUGAAGACACCCAUGGCGUUGGGAUUGAGGGAUAAGAUCCAGGUGAGGAGGGCGACGCUGUGGAAGAUGGGCUUCUGGGCAAAGGCAAGAGAUGAGAAAGAGAGGAGGGCAACGUUGGGCUGGGCGGCGCUAGCCAAGGGCUGGGUGACGUCAGCCAGGCACGGGGCUACGACGAGCGUAGGCCAGACAGAUGCAAUCCAGGCAACAGGCUGGAUGACGUGCGCCGCAGGCCAGAUAGCCCUGCAGGCUGGCCGACGGCGGUCGCAAGGGGCACUAUGGUAG